AUGGCUCUAUUUUUAUCAGCAUCAACAUCACCAUUAACAUCAAAUUUGUCUCUUGGAAAGACCUGCUUCAGAUUUUCACCAAAACAUGGCCGCCCCUCCAUUGCCCAUAGCAUUCAACCCCCAUUCAAUUCAAAUGCAGACUUAAAUUUCCAAACUUUGUCCCCUUUAAACCCUCUUUUGACAAAUUCACCCCUUUCUCACGCUGCAACAAGAGUUUCUUCACAUGGGUUUCUUGAUAAAGAUGAGAAAGAUGAUAUUUUGCCAGUCUUUGAGGAACGGCCAGUCAAAUUUGUCUUUUGGGUUUUGGUUUGGGCCUCUGUGUCCCUUGCUUUCUUCGCAGCUUCUGGGGAUGCUAAUGCUGCAGCAGCUGCUGCAGCUGAUUCCAUUAGAGCCUCCAGUUUUGGCCUGAAGAUUGCGAGUGCGCUUCGAGGCUCAGGCUGGCCUGAUGAGGCUGUGGUAUUUGCCCUGGCUACGCUUCCUGUGAUUGAGCUUCGUGGGGCUAUUCCUGUUGGUUACUGGCUGCAACUCAAGCCUGUUAUGCUAACCGUUCUAUCCGUUCUGGGGAACAUGGUUCCUGUGCCCUUCAUCAUACUUUACUUGAAGAGAUUUGCAUCUUUCCUUGCUGGAAAGAACAAGGCCGCAGCUCGGUUCCUAGACAUACUGUUUGUGAGAGCCAAAGAGAAAGCUGGCCCUGUAGAGGAGUUCCAAUGGCUUGGUCUGAUGUUGUUUGUGGCUGUGCCUUUCCCUGGAACAGGAGCAUGGACAGGAGCUAUCAUAGCUUCCAUUCUUGAUAUGCCAUUCUGGGCAGCAGUGUCUGCAAAUUUCUUUGGUGUUUUAUUGGCUGGGCUUCUAGUAAAUUUGCUGGUGAACCUUGGUCUCAAAUAUGCAAUUAUCACUGGUAUUAUCCUCUUCAUUAUAUCCACAUUCAUGUGGAGCAUCCUUCGGAACCUUAGGAAGUCUUUAAGCUCAUCAAGCUGA